CGCCUAUAGAGGACGAGCAUCCGAAGAUGGAAUUCAAUGCGCUUCAACAAUAUCGACCGUCAUCGAGCAAGUCAAACGGUAUGGGCCAGUCAUCUCCCAGAUCAGCAACACAGAUGUUCGCGCACAGCAACUACUCUUUCCAACGGCAACCACCACCCCCAAUGUUGCAACACAUGUCAAGAUCUUCGCCGCCCCAGUCCACGUGGGCUGUACCACAGUCCCACAACUCGUACUAUGCUGGGCCUCGAGGACCCAUGGCACCAUCCAGAGAUGAGCAUGCACCUUUUUUUCAAAGGCCACACAUCAACACUACUGGAGCACCCACUUUCAACAACGUAACACUAAGUAAUGGCAUGGCAACGUCAGCAGAAUACUUUCCAAACGUCAUUGAUACGAGUCCCUGGGGUUCAAAGGUAUGCGAGGAGCUCGAAUCAUUCCCUUCCUUGGAUGCAGAUACCACGGACUUCAGUCAUGGCCUGAUGGCUCAGGACGAAAACACCCCCAUUAUUGACCUACGACAAUUUCAAGGACAUCAGGAUACAGAUAAUCUGACGCAGUUCAAUCCCCAAGGCCCUCGUCGUAUGUCCGAGUCAUCAUUUUCGAUGUCCAGCACAGGUGGGGGCAUCUUUCCUGACAUAUCAUCAUACGAAGACAUGGGCCCGUCGGAGACAGUUUCAUACGCAUCUGAAUGUGAUGCGUGGAAUACAGCAGACCCGGCCGGUGGCCAUCUGAUGUCUCCAAUCGCUUCACCAAGAAAGUCUCAAUACGACACUGUCGCUCGCACCGGAGGUCGAGCUCGUAUGUCUCCAGCGCCACAUAACAACGUUCGUUCCUCCCCGUAUACGCUCGAAAGCACACGGUUCAAGCGUUGGUCGACUGGACAAGCGCCAACUUCAACACCCACUAGUUCGCGUGCAGUAGCUCAUGUUCCCGAUCAUUUCGCACCCUACGGUCCACGCCCUAAUCCCCAUCACUCGAUGCCAGUAUACUCGCCUAGUGCUAUGGCCAGCUUUAGUAUGCCUGCGCAGAACAUGUUGUUCUCGCAGAACCAUCAGCUCCAGUCCAACGGCCCACCACUGUAUGCGACUCGCGACCAACCGUUCCAUCUCGAGAUACCUCGACCUCUUCCUUCUCAAGGUCUCUUCCGCCUCCUCCAAAGCAAUGUAGAUAGACAUGGAGGCUGUUCAUCGCACUUCGCAGACCUUUCGGACCCCCCCGACCUGUACUCGUCUCUUCACGAAGAGCCGUCUAACCCACCCGAAUCAGACAUGAACCCGUCAGACCCGGACCUUGUGCCACAUGAGCAAGAUCUUCGAUUUAACGGCGAUCUGUAUACUCCAAGAUGGGUUCGUGGGCACGGUAAUAAGCGUGAAGGGUGGUGCGGCCUCUGUAAGCCUGGUCGUUGGCUUGUCCUCAAGAAUAGCGCGUUCUGGUAUGACAAGUCUUUUACGCACGGUGUCAGCGCAGCAACUGGUGCAGCAUUCCAAGGACCACAAGACACCCGCCGCACAGAAGGGAAUCUCGAUGUGUGGGAAGGUCUUUGUGGAAGCUGUGGCGAGUGGAUUGCCUUGGUCAGCAGUAAAAAGAAGGGAACCACAUGGUUCAGGCAUGCUUACAAGUGUCACACCCAUCCGAAAGUCAAAGACGGGCCCAAAAGGCGUCGCGAAACGCAAGCAGGUCGUGCUCGUGCUGUAUCUUCGGCGUCGGCAUCGUCGUCCUCGCAUCCAAUCCAGCAAGAGACGACGCCUGUCAACACAGUGUCCCACCGUCAUUCAACCCCAACACCGACCGCGAGCAGCUCCGCGCUCCACGCAUUUGGCAUGUCGGUGUCGACCCCCACAGCGACACCAUCACUCAGUACACCGUCGUACGGGAGCAAUACGUCUUACCCAACCCCGACAUCAGCGACGCCCUCACUAUACCCACCGCAUACACCAAUUACGACAACUUCGCUGCACGCACUGCACACGCCAACAGCGGCGGCCUUCCCCGAGCUUCGUUAUGAUAACACGUCAACCAAGGAUGAAAGUGUCGUGGGACUCUUUCCUACUCCUUUCCAAGGGUUCCCCAAUUUCUCUACGCCAUACUCCUCAGCACCGUUAAUGAACCUUGCACACCAGGUCAGUGAGCCAGAACUUGUAGGCAUCAGAGCAACGACCGCAAGUCUCAACUCGAUAGCUAGCAUGCUUUGAGGCUCCUCUAGUCUGUCGCGCCGUACUUGUGUCGCCCAAUUCCAACCCAUCGGACGGUUUGACACCUGCGAGCAAGUUCACUCAUGGUUCUCAUUCAAUAUUCUCCGUCACGUCUUGGCGAAUCUGUAGUAUACCCUCAUCAUCUCGGAGGCUCGGACUGUUGCUAGCGCGUCGAGAAUUUUCAUUUAGUGUCGUAUUACAUUUCAGGCAUCCUCCAUUCCACUACGAUGCUAUGGCGCAUUGUAUGUUGUAGCGUUCCAGCGUUCAUGCUUUCAUCUCUCUUCAUGUUCAUCACACUCUUCAUACCCCGCGUGGACUUACGAUUGAUGAAAUACCUCCAUAGGCAGGGCAGGCUGACAUCGUGUCAGUGCCUGUCAACGCCUUUCACGUAGAUAGAACCCAUGAUAAAUAUCUCCACACAUAUUGUAAACGACUCAAACCAACUGAAACAAUACAACACAAC